AUGAAAAGUGCUUCUAACAAUAAACAGAUAUUACACAAGAUAAGUACAAGAGUUGUUCUCACAUUAGAGCAGCAGCUCGUCAGAGAAGGAAUGAUGAAUGGUGGAAGGAUUGAAUUCUCGUCAAAUGUCACUACAUCAUUGGCCAAAACUGAUCAUCCUAUUGAAACCUCACUUGAAAAAUCUGAUGGAAAGUUUGAUAGUGAGUUUGUUCCAAUUAAGUCCUUUGAAAGAUCUGAAGAGAAAGAUGAUUCUGAUAGUAUGUCUGACAAAGAAGAAAAUUAUGGUGUGAAGAAGGAUCAAUCUACAAACAUUAUAAAUGUAGAUGGCAUGGACUCUAAUGAUGAGCCCAUUGGUAAGAGAUUGCCUCCUAAGGCUCCCAAGAAAAGUACAAGUGUUGGUUCUGCUACAGAAUGGAUAAAAGUUAAAACUGUUGGGAAAAAGGUCCAUGCUAAUGUGCUUGAUGUUCCCAUUGACAACAUCUCUUUUCAUUAUGUUGAAAAUGUUGAAAAAUGGAAGUUUGUGUACCAAAGGAGGUUGGAUUUGGAAAGAGAACUUGGGAAGGAUGCCCUUGAAUGUAAGGGGGUAGUAAGUCUUAUUGAGAAUGUUGUGUUGAUGAAAAAUGUGGCUGUUUUUGGCAAGUGUUAUGAGAUACUUGUAAAAGAGUUAAUUGUGAAUAUUUCUAAGGAUUAUGAUAACAAGAGGAGUAAGGAGUUCAGAAAGGUGUAUGUGAUAGGAAAGUGUGUGGAUUUUUUUCCAGAAAUCAUUAACAGGUUCAUGGGCAGAAGUGAAGAGGAACAAGUUGAAGUGGAGGUAUCUGAUAAUAUCGCUUACAAAGAAAUCACCGCCAAACAGGUGCCACAAUGA